UGGGAAAUAUAUUUUGUGCAAUAUACAAUGAUAAGCGUACUUUCUUAUUCUGCGAUAUUAUUGUAACAGUGUUAAUAGAUAUUAGAUGGAGCGCACAAGUCGCGAUUUAAUUGAGUCGAUUAUUAAUUCGACAAAAAUGAUACAGAUGGCAAUACUUUUGACAAUAAUGACAUAAAGCCUCGCAUGGCUCUACUGGCGCUGUAUAUUCAUUGUUAUAAGCCAGUCUAGAACGGGAGAUAAAUAAAGUGUUUAUAUGAAUUUACGUUAGAAAAUAUUAGAGUUUUGUUGUUUUUUAAUAAUAUUUGAGUUUAAAUAUUGUUUUAUAGAAUAAAAAAACUCUAACUAUGUCAAUGAGACCCGACGAUCACAGAAGAAAAUGGAACAGAGAAGAAUACGAACGAAUAGCUCUUCAGAGGCUCCAGGAUGAAAUUGCUGAAGAGGAAUUAGGUAUCCCGAAACAGCCAGCAGUAAAGAGAGAAUUACUUAAACAAAGGGAUUAUAAGGUCGAUUUAGAAUCUAAAUUGGGAAAAAGUGUUGUUAUUAAUAAAAAUACUCCAUCUUCACAAACAGGAGGUUAUUAUUGUAAUGUGUGCGAUUGCGUUGUCAAGGACUCGAUCAAUUUCCUCGAUCAUAUUAAUGGAACGAAACAUCAGCGUAAUUUGGGUAUGUCAAUGAAGAUAGAACGUUCUACGCUGGAACAAGUUAAAGCUAGAUUUGCUCUUAAUAAAAAGAAAUUAGAAGAGAAGAAAAAAGAUUAUGAUUUGGAGCAAAGAGUGAAAGAAUUAAAAGAAGAGGAAGAAAAGAUUAAAGAAUAUAGAAAAGAAAAGAGAAAAGAUAAAAAGAGGAAAUUAGACGAAGUCGACGAGGAAGAUGCCGGACCGUCGGAUGAUAUGGCUGCUAUUAUGGGAUUUUCUGGCUUUGGCUCAAAAAAAAAGUGAUCAUAACUUUGACACAGACAUUCGUGAAAAAAUGUCUUACCAUAUACGUACCUACAGCACCAUCAGAACAAUUAUUUACUUUUAUUUGACUAAAAUAAUAACCAAUUGAAAUCUGGUCGUUAUAUCAAGUUUUAAUUCAAUCGUAGUAAAUCGUUAGUAAACUUUUCUAUACGAAAUGAGACCAACAUAUCGAUAAAAUUAAAAAUGAAAAAAGAAAAGAAAACAAAAUAAUAUUUGUAAUUUCUCGUACGUAAUAUAUGAAAUGGAUCUAAGCAGGACUGAUUUAAAAAAAAAUAAGUCUUAAGAGAAAAAGGAGGGAGGAUAUAUAUCUGUAUAUCCGUAUAUACAGAUUGUUUUUGAAAAUGUGGGAAUAACUUCGGGGAUAGAUUUAAUACGCUGAAAUAAGAAAUGAAGUUGAUAUGAACAUAUACCAUGUAAACAGGUAACAGGGAACAAAUCCUUGUAUAUAUAUAUAUAUAUAUUUAUUUAUUCAGGGAUAAGUGAAUAUGAAUAUAUAGUAUACGCAAUUUUGAUCAUACGAUUGUUCAAACUAAUUGUAAACGAGCAUAGGGUUUAUUUUCGGGAAAGAAUUAAUUCUAUGUGCAUGGGCGAAAAAGAAAUAUUUAGUUAUAAUAGUUUCUCAUAGGAGAGAAAUAUCGAGGCGAAGUUUUAGUAAUAUGCUCUGUUACAAUUACUCGAUUUUAAUAAUUUAAUAUCGAGAUUAUACCACGUUCUUUAACCGUAACUAUCCGUUUGGCGAUCGGUAAUGUCGGCAAGGCAGGAAAUGUGUGGAGAUGUUUGAAAUUAAAAACAAUAUAGAUUGAAAGUGCGUUACAAUAAAAAUGAAAAGGAUAUACGCAUUGAGUUUCUUUCUUCCUUUCUCUCUUUAAUAAUCGUCCUCCGAAGGCGAUAGCAUCUGUACAAGUUUAAAAGAGAGGUCUCUUAAGAGCUAAGGAGGAAAAGAAAUAGCGAGAGGAGAAGUGGAAGGGAAAAGAGAACGGUUAAAGGAGAAAGAUUCUCUCUCGGGGAAGGUACUCACCGAGAAGAUUCUUCUUUCUAGUCUUCCAAAAGCAUUGCGCGCCGAAAGAUCAUCAUCACCAUCACCAUCACCAUCACCAUCACCAUUACCUC